CCUCACUUCCCUUGCAGUGCUCGUUGAAUUGUCGGAACCAUGGUGAACGGCCGCAUACCCUCGGUCUUCUCGAAGACCUACGUGACUCCCCGUCGCCCCUAUGAGAAGGCGCGUCUGGACCAGGAGUUGAAGAUCAUCGGCGAGUAUGGUCUGCGCAACAAGCGCGAGGUGUGGCGCGUCAAGUACGCCCUGGCCAAGAUCCGUAAGGCCGCCCGUGAGCUGCUGACCCUCGACGAGAAGGACGAGAAGCGUCUUUUCCAGGGUAACGCCCUGCUGCGUCGUCUGGUGCGCAUCGGUGUCCUGGACGAGUCGCGCAUGAAGCUCGAUUACGUGCUGGGUCUGAAGAUCGAGGACUUCUUGGAGCGCCGUCUGCAGACGCAGGUGUUCAAGCUGGGAUUGGCCAAGUCCAUCCACCACGCCCGCGUGCUGAUCCGCCAGCGUCACAUUCGUGUGCGCAAGCAGGUGGUCAACAUCCCGUCGUUCGUGGUGCGCCUGGACUCGCAGAAGCACAUCGACUUCUCCCUGAAGUCGCCCUUCGGCGGCGGCCGUCCCGGUCGCGUCAAGAGGAAGAACCUGAAGAAGAACCAGGGCGGUGGCGGCGGAGCUGCUGAAGAGGAGGAGGACUAAGCAGUGCUAGCCAGCUGCAGCCAGGAAAUCGCAAGGCGCAGAGUUUUGAUAAAAAUCUGAUUGUUUUACACAAUAAAUGUAAAAUUACUUAAA